GGCUGCUCGCGCACCGCCCCCUCACAGCACGGCGCGCCCCCGCCCGCGGAGCCGGGCAGCGCCGCAAGGAACUCGGAGGGGCUUCGGUCAGACGGUGCCCCGCGGGUCACGGAGCCGCGGUGGGCAGGGCUGCCAACCGCUGGAUCUGGGCGGCGGCGGGCCGUCCGCGUUUAGACUUUUGACGGCGCGGCCCCGCGGGCCCUUCCCCCUGGGGGUGGUUGGGCGCCGCCGAGGGGGAGCGGCCCCGGGGGCGGACGGACGGAGCGCCGCAGUACCGCGGGCGGCCUCGAGGGCAGCGCCCUGCGCUGAGCGCCCGUCAUGCUGCGGCUGAGCUGCGUGCUGCUGCCCGCCGUGCUGCUGCUGCUCUGCCGUGCCGCCGCGGCGCCGGAGCAGUAUGGUCUGGAAAUCACCAACAAUGGUCCCAUCACAACAGGAGCUCAAGCUACUCUUCACGCCAUUCUGAGGACGAAGAACGACAGCACUGUAUCAAACUUGUAUCACUUUAACUGGAUUUAUGCUCCUCUGAUCCUGAUAGAGAAAUCCGAGCAGCGGUUGCACUCCGUAAUUAACGUGACUGGUGAAUUUCCUGGGGCUUUUCCCGUAUCUGUCUGGGUGACUCACAGAAACUGCUGGUUAUGUCGGCCAGUUGCUAGGAACGUCACCAUGCUUCAGAUCACAGAAUUUGUCACGGGGAAUCUUACCAUUGCCCAGAUAGAAGACAGCAGAUUUAUCAAGCAUGGUUCCAGCUCUUCUAUGGGUGCUGUGACACGGAUUUCUUUCUGUCUUCAUGAUCCAAGUGAUUACUUCAAGUCAGCUUCAUUUGUCUACAACUGGGACUUUGGAGAUGGAGUUUAUCAGAUUACCAAGGAGCCCUUUGUCUACUGCAACUACUCCACCACGGGGAAUCGCACAGUGCAUCUCAAAGUCGUAGCAGAAUGGGAGCAAAUUGGAAGCAUCAUACAUGAAACAGAAACUGUGCAGAAAACUGGUGAUUUUACCACUGCUUUGGAGCUGCUAGAUGCUGUUAAAAGCAUUCACGUAGUGGGCUCCAGAGAGACUCACGUCAUGGAGAACUUGAGUUUAUCUCUUCACAUCAAUGGCACCCCCCCGCUGGCAUUAUGCUGGCUUAUCAAGUCCGAGUGCAUUCCAUUAGAAGGCGAGAAGUGCCAUCUGGUGGUGAUCGCCGGCUCCUGCUACAACCUCAGCCAUACCUUCAGCGACGCCGGGCAGUACUGCCUCAGCGUCCGGGUGCAGAGCGGCGUGACGAUGCUGCAGACCUACCAUGAAAUAAAAGUGCGGCCAGCAGGAAUCCAGCCAGCCUUCUUUGUCCUGCUGUGCCUCACCCUGGUUUCAGUGGUGGUAGGACUGGUGCUGUACACGACCUUUCGAAGUAACACACAACAGAAAGACCUUGUGGAGGUAGCUGACUUUGACUUUUCUCCGCUGUCCGAUAAAAGCCUGUCUUCUCAUUCAGAGUCAGGCUGUGGCCAAGUAUGUUGCAGAUCAUGUUUUCUUCAGUCAUCUCAAGAAGCUGACGGGGAGAGUCAUGAAUUUCUACUUUCUUUCUACAAGCCAGUCAAAAUGUACACGGUGUGAAGAACACAAGUGCACUUUAGUUACACUGACUCCAAGUUUAACUUUCUCACGUGUGAUGAGUUGCAAGCCCAGUGCUGCAUGAAUGGUUUCUUUUUGCCAAUGCUAUGAGGUAAACCACUUCACCAAGUCCAGCACUUGAGUGUUUCAUUAUAUAAUCCAAAAAAGAAGGAGCCUGAAACACAACAGAAGUAAUUUUGUAUUUUAAAAUCAUAUGGAUGUAUACAUUUACAGCUGUGAAAGCAGCAUUUUAUUCUUAUGAAAGAUUAUUUUAUUUGCUCAACUCACUACCUCUUGUAAUUUCUCUGUUCCUUCUGCUGUAUGUUUCAAAAAAGAAAAUGCUUAAAACAAA